GCGCAGAUAGAACAGCUUAUCCACUUACAUCCAGGAAUAACCUACAAGAACAAUCAAGGGUUUCAUCGCAGAUAUCAAAGAUCCGCUGUUGUGAUGAAACCUUCCUGAGCCUCCUGAAGAGCUUUGAACAUAAAGCAGGCCACUUCCACCUCCAACUGGAAGAUUUAAAAGUCAAAUAAAGGACACAACCCAACCGUAACGUAUGAAAGAGCUAAUAUCAGACUGAGGACUUGGUUCCUCUUCAUUUCGGCUACAAACACCAGCGCAGACAUUUGACCCCGAAUACUGGGAAACAGAAUGCCAGCAAAGACACCCAUCUACUUAAAGACAUCGACACCAAAGCGAGGGAAGAAGCCCAAGAUACGGGACGUUUUAUCAGGUGAUAUGAUAAGCCCGCCACUGGGUGAUGUGCGCCACAGUGCCCAUGUUGGGCCAGAUGGAGAAGGGGACAUGUUUGGUGAUGUUGGGUUCUUGCGAGGCAAACUGGACAUGCUUCCAGGUCUCAAUCAAGCGCCCGGCUCCCGUUCUCACAGCAUUGACAGAAGAAUGGAUGAGAUCUUUGAGGUGAGUGGCAAAAGUCACACUUACCACCGAGGCCACCAUAACUCACUCCUCAAAACCACCAUCUCCAUGCCGGUGUUCAUGGCGCCCGUGCAGCCUCCUCCUAAACCUCCACGUCUGCAUUUAGAUGAGCAGCCUACUCCUGUUCACCACCAGCAGCAGAACCACCAUCACAGCCCGCAGCAGCGCUCCAUGUCUGUGUGUGAGGGCGGGAUUGGGAAAUGUCACGAGCUCACUCUGUCGGCCUCAAUCCCAGUCUUGCCACACAUGAUGCCUUCCACGAGCUCCUUAUCCGAGGCUUCAUCAGACGACUCCAUGUCUGAAGGCUGUGGUCCGUUAGAUCCGAAGCGAGGCUUGAGUCUGGACUCUGAUGCGGGACUGAGCAAUGAGGACCUGCGAAGUGAACACUGCGAGUCUCCUGCUGUCUCUCCCAGCGUGUCCCGCUCAGAGUCUCUAAUGGGUUUGGACCUGGAUUUGGGGCCAUCCAUUUUGGAGGACGUUCUUAGGAUCAUGGACCGUUAUAAGAGCAUGGAGGAGAGACAUGAGAUAUAAGGGGAAUUCUUCAGAUGCUAAAAUAUUUAAUAGUGUCUAACUGCAGACUUGCAUAUGCAAGCUGGGACAUGCAAUCUCAGACACAAUGCACUCAAUAGAGCUAGUGACGUCUUUGUGAGGAGUAAGGGUUAAGAGCGGGGAUUAGGUGUGCGCUUCAAAAGCAUCGCAUCCAGCUCAGUUUGCAUACGUUUGAAAUUGCAUCAUGUCUGGUGUCAGCCAUCUUGGUAUUCCUGUUUUAAAGAACUUUGAAUGGACUGGGAUGUUAGCAAAAUAUCUGGUUGUGCCAGUAGAGUAUUUUUAUCCACAUGCAAUUUUCUUCAUUCAUUCAUUCAUUUAUUCAUUUUCAACUGCUUUUCUGGGUCGCGGGGGCAGCAGCCUUAAGGUCUUCCCUCUCCCCAGACACUUCCUCCAGCUCCUCCGUGGGGAUCCCGAGGCGUUCCCAGGCCAGCCAAGAGACACAGUCCCUCCAGCGUGUCCUAGGUCUUCCUCAAGGCCUCCUCCCGGUGGGACAUGUCUGGAACACCUCCCUAGGUAGGUGUCCAGGAGGCAUCCGAAACAGAUGCCCAAGCCACCUCAGCUGACUUCUCUCGAUGUGGAGGAGCAGUGGUUCUACUCCGAGCUCCUCCUGGUUGACAGAGCUCCUCACCCUAUCUAUAAGGGUGAACCCUGCAACCCUGCGAAGGAAACUCAUUUUGGUAACUUGUAUCCGAGAUCUUGUCCUUUCGGUCAGGACCCAAAGCUCAUGACCAUAGGUAAGAGUAGGAUUGUAGAUUGACCGGUAAAUCGAGAGCUUUGCCUUUCGACUUAGCUACUUCUUUACCACAACGGACAAGUACAUUGACCGCAUUACUGCUGCCGCUGCACCAAUCCGCCUCUCUCAUGCUCCAUCCUUCCCUCACUCGUGAACAAAACCCCAAGAUGCUUGAGCUCCUCUACCUGGGGUAAAGACUUUCCUCCAACCUGAAGAUGGCAAAACAACUUUUUCUGGUGGAGCACCAUGGCCUCGGACUUGAAAGUGCUGAUUCAGAUCCUAGAUGCAAUCAUCUAAAACAGGCAAUAAACUUUAUAACUUCAACUCUGUCAUUGUAAAAAUACAGUGAUCAGUUCAUCUGCAUAAGGUGAAGAGGUCAUGACAGUAAUGAACAGCAUGAUGAACGCUAACGCUAUAACUGUGGAUGGCAUCACAAAAGCAGUGAUGUGAUGCUUUGGUCAUUUUGACCCAAUUGGAUAUGUUAAAUAAUCGAGCAUUAAAAUUUGUUUGUUUUUAUAUUUGAUGUUACUUAUUAAGCUGCGUUUUACAGGGAAGGGAAUUGGGAUUUUGGCUCUGUAGUUAUAUCAGGAAGUUUGUCAUAAAGGUUUAGAAAGUAUAGUUUUAUUCUGUUGAGGUGAAUAUUGUCAAAGAAUGACCCAAAAUGGAUUUAUACAAAUAUUUUAAUAUGUCUAAACUGUGGUCUUUACCCGGCCUAUGAGUACGAAGGAAAUCACUUCAUGAAGAUGAAUCUUUGUUAGGGUGAAAUACUGUAUAUUUUAUUGCAUUGUAAUAUAUGAUUUAAAAAUGUUUAUGUAAAUAAAAUAUAUUAUAUAAAA